AUGGCCUUGAAGCUCGAUAUGAGCAAGGCCUAUGAUAGAGUUGAAUGGGGCUAUUUGCAAGCUGUAAUGUGUCGAAUGGGCUUUGCCAACAAAUGGAUUAAUCUUAUCCUGAAAUGUGUUACUUCGGUUAAAUACUCUAUUAUCCAUAGUGGUCACAUCAUGGGUCCUAUUAUUCCUUCGCGAGGCAUUCGUCAAGGCGAUCCUUUGUCCACAUAUCUGUUUAUUAUUUUUGCUGAAGGGUUUUCAGCUCUUAUUAAGAAGUAUGAAACAUAUAGGAUCAUCCAUGGGUGUCGUGUGGCAAACGGGGCCCCAUCUAUCACUCAAAUGCUCUUCGCUAAGAACAGUUAUUUAUUUUGCCAAGCCACCCAAAGUGUUGUAGACAGUAUGAAUAGACUCCUUCACUCUUUUGAGCUGGCAUCUGGUCAGCGUGUCAAUGCAUCCAGGUCUUCGAUAUUUUUCAGUCCUAACUCUGAUGGUGUGGUCAGAACUCAAAUAUGCUCAACCCUUGGCAUGCCUGAAGCUACUGAAGGCUCUUUCUACUUAGGACUGCCGAACAUUAUUGGAAGGAAGAAGACGGUUAUCCUUGGCUUUCUCAAGAAUAAGAUCAUUAACUGCAUAAAUAGUUGGGAUGGUAAGUUCCUUUCUCGUGCUGGUAAGGAAAUUCUGUUAAAAACUGUCAUCCAAUCUCUUCCAACUUAUGCCAUGAGUGUGUUUCUUAUUCCUCUGAAAAUAUGCAAUGAUAUUGAGAAGCUUAUGGCUAGCUUCUGGUGGAAAACAAAGAGUGCUAGUGGGCAAGGCAUUAUUUGGAUGUCUUGGGAUCGGUUGGCUGUUCAUAAAGACUUUGGAGGUAUGGGCUUCCGUCAUCUCCAUGAUUUUAAUCUUGCAAUGCUUGCCAAGCAAGGGUGGCGAUUGUUAUGCUCUGACUCAUCUCUUGUUAGUCAAGUUUUUAAAGCCAAGUACUACCCACGAUCGGAUUUUCUUAAUGCUGAGUUGGCGUAG